CUUAAUCUAGCCACUUUCUUUCUAUAGCUUGAGAUUGGAAGACAUCAUAGCAAUGAUUUUCUAAGAUUAAAAUUUAAAAAAAAAAAACAAACAACAAACUCGGUUCUCCUUCCUCGCAGUAACACGUGCAAAAUUACGUUUGACAUCAACAAUAUGUUGCGUCGGUUGGUUGGGAUUGCAACUGUUUGCCAUCGGCCAGCCAAUGGUAGCAUCGGUUCGCAUCAUAUCCGCUCCUAUGCCGAAAACUAUGGAUCACGUGUGCGUUUCACCAGAGUCCGCAGCAAUCGACCAUUCGAGACUAGCCAGCGUCCAAGGCGAACAGCCAUUGAGUCUUUGCAGCCGGCAAGACGACAAACCUGUCCCACGGUGAGGCGUGGUGAGAAAAAGGAGGAAAAUUUGAAGGAAAUCGAACAAGGAGGGGACACUGUCCACGAAAUCUAUCACAGACGUUUGGGUGUGGUACUCGAACCACGUCCUAUUAACCCACCACGCAAUUCCAUGAGCUCGGCUGCGGGAGAAUUUGGUUUCUCGGUGUCCGAGGGAUCCGGUUCAAUAACAUCGACAGGGGGUGGCUCUUCCGGUGGCGGGUCGCCAGCUGGACCAUCCGGUGGAGAACCCCCAGAGGGAGGACCGCCAGGAGGUAAAGGCCCUGGCAGUGGAGAAGGUCCCGGUAAGGGGAAGAAUACAUCAGAUAAGCAGAAAAAGUCUCCCACUACAUCACCCAAUGGAGGAUCUAUAGAUAAACUAGAUCGAAAUGAGCCAUCCCAGGAGGGACUCACAGGAAAAAGACAACCAGAAGAGCCAAAAGCUCCGACAACGAUGCCAACUCAAGCACCUAAACCAGUACCACUCAGUCCAUUGACACCUUCCACUGCAGCGAAACCCAGUCCAGGACAACAGCCUAGUCCGAAACAAUCAAAUCCUUUGUUACCAUCACCUCCAGCUGCGCCCGCUAGUCAGAAAACCCCUCCUGGACCAUCAGGACCCACAUCUCGACCGCCUAGUCAAGCACCUCCUGGACCACCACGUUCAGGACCACCACCCACACAGCCACCACAAAAACCACCACCAAAAGGACCAGUGAAACCUCCAACUCAAACUACUCAAAUCACCCGACGUCCAGGCGGCGGGGGAGGCAACGGCAAAGUUGGCGGAGGAGGCAGCGGGGGCGGCUCCAAGGUCGGCAAUGGUGGUGGCAAUAUGAAUCAUAAACCACGCACCAUCACACUUAUGCCCGGGGAUGGCAUCGGGCCGGAAAUUUCGCUUGCCGUACUUGAAAUCCUUGAAGCGGCCAAGGUCCCACUGAUCUUUGAGCCAGUGGAUGUGACGCCCGUUGUGGAUAGCAAUGGACGGGCGUCAGUGCCCAAGCAGGUGAUUGAGAGCAUGCAGCGGACCAAAGUGGGUCUCAAGGGUCCCCUAAUGACGCCAGUGGGCACAGGUUUUCGUUCCCUGAAUCUAACUCUGCGUCAACUCUUCAAUCUCUAUGCAAAUGUAAGACCCUGCCGCUCCCUACCCGGCGUAGAGACUGUCUACGGGGAUGUCGAUGUUGUGACCAUACGUGAGAAUACGGAAGGCGAGUACUCGGGCAUUGAGCACACUCUGGUCAAUGGUGUCGUGCAGAGCAUCAAGCUAAUCACACGUGCCGCCUCACUCAGAGUGGCCGAAUAUGGUUUCUCCUAUGCCCUCGCCAUGAAGCGCAAGAAAAUCACAGCCGUUCACGAGAAGUCAUCGAUGCGUAUGUCCGAUGGACUCUUCAUCACUUGUGUCCGCGAAGUGGCCAACAAGUACAAGUCGCAGAUGGAGUCUCUGGGCAUUACCUACGAGGAGGUCACUCUCAACACUGUCUGCCUCAAGAUUGUCGAUAACCCAAAACGUUUCGAUGUUCUCGUUCUACCCAAUCUCUAUGGUGACAUUAUCUCUGACACCUGCGCCGGUUUGGUUGGUGGCCUGGGUCUAACGCCAUCGGGUAACAUUGGCACUGCUGGUGCCAUCUUUGAAUCUGUCCAUGGCACCGCACCGAAUAUUGCUGGCAAAGAUCUGGCAAAUCCCACAGCGCUGCUUCUGUCCACUGUAAUGAUGUUGCACUAUAUACAAUUCCAUAGCUAUGCCGAUUUAAUUGAACAAGCCGUUAUAAAGACCAUCAAAGAUGAUAAUGUACGCACAAUGGAUUUGGGUGGCAAGGCCAAAUGCUCUGAAUUCACCAAGGCCGUUAUAAAGAAUCUAAAAUGAGACAAAUCCCUGCCCCCCCUCCCUUUCAGUUGAUGUUCUUCCAAUCGUAUACGAAUCUAAAUUAUAAAUGAUUUCAAAAAACACAAAACUCUA